UGGUUGACGUUUCCCCUCCAGGUCUUAUAGAACUCAAUGGAUAUACCAUAAUCAGUCAAAAUGGCGGCGUUUUGGGGAAGAAUGUCGAAUGUUUGGCUUCAAUCAUCUUGCGCAAAAUUUUCUCGUUGUUUAUCUAGGAUUCAGAUGCGUCAUUUAAGCGUGGGUAGUGUAUGCUAUCUUGAUCUCCAGGAAUAUCAAAGCAAAGAACUCAUGAAGAAUCAUGGCAUCAAUGUACAAAAAUUUCAAGUUGCUGAUGGAAACCUUGAUGUGUCAGAGUUGGUGAAGCAAUUAGAUGUCAAAGAAGUUGUUAUUAAGGCACAGGUGUUGGCUGGUGGUCGAGGCAAGGGAACAUUUAGCAGUGGUCUUCAGGGUGGAGUCAAGCUUACAAAAAACUUUGACGAGGUACCAUCGAUUGUAGACCAGAUGAUUGGACAUUCUUUGGUUACAAAGCAAACUGGAAAAGAGGGCGUCGUUGUUCGUAAGGUGAUGCUUGGCGAGGCGCUCGACAUAAAACGUGAAACGUACCUAGCAAUCCUCAUGGAUACAGCAUAUGAAGGACCGGUGAUUGUCGCCAGUCCCGAGGGUGGUGUUGACAUCGAGGAAGUUGCGGAGAAAACUCCCGAUAAGAUUUACAAGGUUCCAAUUGACAUCAACACUGGCAUCAAGCGAGAUGAAGCCUUAGAACUAGCGGAGAAGUUGAACUUUGUCGGCAAUCUGAGAGAAGAGGCUGCCAUUCAAAUCGAGAGGCUCUACGAGUUGUUCAUUGCAAGAGAUGCGACUCAAGUGGAAGUCAAUCCUCUCGGUGAAACGAUCGAUGGCAGAGUUGUUUGUUUCGACGCGAAAAUCAACUUUGACGACAACGCUAAAUUCCGACAGCAGGAUCUCUUUGCGAUUGAAGACACUGCCGAAAGAAAUCCGCGGGAAGUGGAAGCAGAGAAGUUCCAUCUCAACUAUAUUAGUUUGGACGGCAAUAUAGCAUGUAUAGUAAAUGGCGCUGGACUUGCUAUGGCAACCAUGGAUAUGAUAAAGCUUCACGACGGUGAGCCUGCAAACUUUUUGGAUCUCGGUGGUGGUAUACGGGAAGAAGGAGUACACGAGGCGUUCAAGAUAAUAGUAUCAGAUGACAAUGUCAAGGCAAUUCUCGUCAAUAUUUUUGGUGGAAUUGUUGACUGCGAAAUGAUUGCAAGAGGCAUUCAAAAUGCUUACGAAAAACUCAAAGUUGAUGUACCGUUGGUUGUCCGCUUGGAAGGAACAAACGUCAAGAGAGCGAAAGAAGUUCUAGGAGAGAGCGGUAUACCGGUCACAACUGCGGACAAUCUUGAUGAGGCUGCAAUGAAAGCGGUCAGCAGCUUGUCUAGAUGAUGUUCUUAGAAUGAAUUGAUAAUUGGGUAUUCUCCGAAUCGAUAAUGAGCAUGGAGGUUUUCGUGACAACAUUCAAGCGAAGUCCAAUGUUAAGUUGAAUUUUGCCAUCAGAUUGGCGUGUCUGAAAGUUUGAUCUUCGAAAAACUUGAUUUUAAUGGAAAUUCAAAUUUUUAGCUGGGUAAAUCUUUUUCGAUUUUUAUUUUCUCAUCAGUUUCAACUAUAUUUUCAAUCUGUGUAACGUGUCGCAACUUUAGCACAGUUAUCCGAAAUAUGAAGGUUGUUGUAACUUUGCCCUGAAUGGAAAAAAUUGAGACUACUAAUCGUUGAUAGUUUGUUAGAUUGUGUAGACUCUAUUUCAAUGGAAAAUCUGUUCGCACUUUUUCCUGAAUACAAAAAAUCAAAGCGUAAAGACAUGUGUUUGGGAGAUAAAAACCAUGUAAAAGUAUUGAUGUCAGAUAUAGUCUAUAGAUGUAUCAAUCACAAGAUUUAAAUUCAGUUGACUAAA